CUUCAAUAACAACCGCUUGGUUCCUGCUGUGUCUGCUUGCCACAUGUUCUUUGUUUCCUUCAACUUUUACACUGACCCCACUUUCUCUUCUCUACUCUACUCUCUCAAUUAAUAACACUCCCACUCCUUCUCCUUCCUCCAUUUCCUAUCUUCCUUCUUUCCUUCCAAUGACUGACAUCACUGAUGAUGUGGCUGAGGAAAUCUCCUUCCAGAGCUUCGACGAUGACUGCAGGUUGCUCGGGAAUCUCCUCAACGACAUUCUCCAGCGCGAGGUUGGCACCAACUUAGUUGACAAGAUCGAAAGGAUUCGAGUCCUUGCUCAGAGUGGUUGUAAUAUGAGGCAGGCGGGUAUUUUGAACAUGGCAGAGCUGCUUGAGAAGCAGUUGGCUUCGGAGUUGUCGAAGAUGACACUGGAAGAAGCUUUCACCCUUGCUCGUGCCUUCAGCCAUUAUCUUACUUUGAUGGGCAUAGCUGAGACCCAUCACAGGGUUCGUAAAGGAGGGAAUGUGGCACAAAUUGCAAAAUCUUGCGAUGAUAUAUUUAACCAGCUGGUGCAGGGUGGAGUUUCCCCAGAAGAACUUUAUGACACAGUCUGCAAGCAGGAAGUGGAAAUUGUUCUCACGGCUCAUCCCACACAGAUUAACCGUCGGACCUUACAAUUCAAGCACGUUAGAAUUGCUCAUCUUUUGGAUUAUAAUGAUCGACCCGAUCUUAGCACUGAAGAUCGAGAAAUGGUGAUUGAAGAUCUGGUGAGAGAGAUAACUUCAAUAUGGCAGACAGAUGAACUGAGGCGCCAAAAGCCCACACCAGUAGACGAAGCUAGAGCUGGUUUCAACAUUGUGGACCAGUCACUAUGGAAAGCUGUCCCUCAUUACUUACGACGUGUUAGCAAUGCUCUAAAGAAGCAUACAGGAAAGCCACUUCCCUUGACCUGCACUCCCAUAAAGUUUGGAUCUUGGAUGGGAGGUGAUAGAGAUGGGAACCCAAAUGUGACAGCAAAGGUCACAAAAGAUGUUUCACUUCUAUCUAGAUGGAUGGCAAUUGAUCUCUAUAUAAGGGAAGUGGACAGCCUCAGAUUUGAGCUAUCCAUGAACCAGUGCAGUGAUAGGCUGUCAAGACUGGCACACGACAUUCUAGAAGCUAAACGUGAUAAUCCCCGUGAGAAUUGGAACCAAUCCGUGAAUAGAAGUCCCGCACUCCCAACACAACUUCCAGCUAGAGCUCAUUUACCUUCCAUUGCUGAAAAUGGUGAAUCUCGGCAUCCUAGACUAGACAUUCCAGGACCUGAUCACAUGCAAUCUAAUCACAAGGAUGGUGGGGCUGCCUUAAGUUCGACUACAUCGAAAAAUGCCAAUCCCAAUAUUCAAUCUCAAGGAACAAGUUCAGCAAAUUCCAAUGCUUCUUCAGCUACAACUUCAUCUUCCUUUGGUCAAAAGAAAUUGUAUGCAGAACCCCAGACAGGAAAGUCCACUUUUCAGAAGCUUUUAGAGCCAAUGCUGCCUCAACUUCCUGGACUUGCUCCGUAUAGAAUUGUCCUGGGGAAUGUUAAGGAUAAGCUUGAGAGAAGUCGUAGACGAUUAGAACUACUUCUUGAGGAUGUUGCUUGUGACUAUGAACCUUCGGAGUACUAUGAAACAUCUGAUCAGCUUUUGGAACCUCUGCUUCUCUGUUACUAGUCUCUGCAAUCAUGUGGAUCUGGGGUGCUAGCUGAUGGUCGACUUGCUGAUUUGAUUCGCAGAGUUGCUACCUUUGGAAUGGUGUUGAUGAAGCUUGACUUGCGUCAGGAAUCUGGGAGGCACGCAGAAGCACUUGAUGCAAUAACAGAGUAUUUAGAUAUGGGUACUUACAGUGAAUGGGAUGAAGAAAAGAAGUUGGACUUUUUAACAAAAGAACUGAAAGGGAAGAGGCCUCUAGUUCCUCUUAGUAUUGAGGUAAGUGAGAUGGUUAGAGUUUUCAGUAUACUAAGCACCUAUUUGGCAAGCUCUCUUGUGGGACAGGAAAGCUUCGUUUUAAAUAGGUUGCGAGUGGUACCUCUGUUUGAAACUGUGAAAGAUCUGAGAGGAGCUGGUGCUGUUAUCCGAAAACUUUUAUCAAUAGACUGGUACCGUGAACACAUCAUUAAGAACCACAACGGACAUCAAGAGGUUAUGGUUGGAUAUUCUGAUUCGGGUAAAGACGCUGGUCGCUUUACUGCUGCCUGGGAACUUUUCAAAGCUCAGGAGGAUGUUGUAGCGGCAUGCAAUGAUUAUGGGAUAAAGGUUACACUAUUCCAUGGCCGUGGAGGCAGUAUUGGUCGUGGUGGAGGGCCAACAUAUCUGGCUAUUCAGUCUCAGCCCCCUGGGUCUGUGAUGGGAACCCUUCGGUCUACUGAGCAGGGAGAGAUGGUGGAGGCGAAGUUUGGGUUGCCACAAAUAGCUGUUAGACAACUUGAGAUAUACACAACAGCGGUGCUACUUGCAACCCUUCGUCCUCCUAUUCCACCCAGAGAAGAAAAAUGGCGGAAUGUGAUGGAAGAGAUAUCAAACAUCAGUUGCCAGUGUUACCGCAAUGUAGUGUAUGAAAAUCCAGAAUUCCUGGCCUACUUCCAUGAAGCCACACCAGAGGCAGAACUUGGCUUCCUUAACAUAGGUAGCCGCCCUGCAAGAAGGAAGAGCUCAAGAGGAAUUGGACACCUUCGUGCAAUUCCGUGGCUAUUUGCAUGGACACAAACAAGAUUUGUUCUUCCAGCUUGGCUUGGAGUUGGAGCAGGUUUAAAAGGAGCUUGUGAGAAAGGUCUAACUGAAGAUCUAAAAGCCAUGUACAAAGAAUGGCCAUUCUUCCAAAGUACCAUAGACCUGAUUGAGAUGGUUUUGGGAAAAGCAGACAUUCCUAUAGCCAAACACUAUGAUGAAGUCCUUGUGUCAAAGGAGAGGCAAGAGCUUGGUGGUGAACUAAGAAGUGAGCUCAUGACGGCUGAAAAGUUUGUACUAGUGAUUAGUGGGCACGAGAAACUUCAGCAGAACAAUAGGAGCUUGAGGAGGCUGAUUGAGAAUAGACUUCCCUUUCUCAAUCCCUUGAACAUGUUGCAGGUGGAGAUCCUCAAGAGGUUAAGACGUGAUGAUGACAACAUUAAAAUCAGAGAUGCUUUGCUUAUCACCAUAAAUGGAAUUGCUGCAGGGAUGAAGAAUACAGGUUGACCUUGUUUCUCAGAGACUAUACUGUACAAGCCUUCCUCAGUUCCCAUGUGUUCACCCUUGUUGUAUAAUAGGUUUGCUAAGAAAAGAUUAAGACAGCCAUAAUGGCCAUGCUUUGUUCUGUACUCAAAAGAUAAAUGAUGUGAUGCAUAAUAAGUUUUUUCAGUAUUUCGUAGUCAUAAAUUUUCU